UGUGCGCGCGCGCUAGCUCAGAGCUGGCAAGAACCAGGAAGGAAAUUUGACCUCCUGCUUCUGCGUUUUUUGGGGCAAGCAAAUGGUCAGGCUGCAUAAUGCACAUAUGGCUGUUGCACGAUUAAUCGAUGGGUUGUUUUUCUUUGAUUCGGCAGUAACUGAGAUGUGUUUUGAGAAAGCUAAUUGAACAAGGUGUUUUGCUUUGAAGAAUAUCAGACUCCGCUAAUCCGCUUCGACGUCGAGCGCAAAAUAUAGCCGAGCCUAGUUAGCGCGCGUGCUAGCUAACCAAUUAAUCACACUCCCCUCGUGCCCCCGCGCUGAGGGGGUCUUCGCGCGACUUUACAGUGAGGUUUUGCCAAGACGUGAUUACAGAGAUGUCCAAGGCACUGAAUUCUCCUUCUCACUCACAGUCCAGAUCGAGGUCCCGGUCUCGGUCCCGGUCUUACACGCGAUCUCGGUCCAGCAGCCGUUCUCGCUCGAGGUCCCGAAAGCAUCGUUACAGCUCUAGAUCUCGCUCCCGUUCACAUAGUCGGGACAGGAACUACCCCUCAAGAGAUUUUCAGAGUAAUCGUGGAUAUAAUCGUGGUUUUCGUGGCUAUCGGCGACCCUACUACUACAACCGUGGUAGAGGUCGUGGGUAUUUUCCCCGCGGCUACCACAGAGGUGGAGGAGGAGGUGGUGGUGGUGGUGGUACUGGCAACUACGGCUACCGCUCCAACAACUGGCAUGGUGGCCACCGUGACCAGCAACAACCUUAUGAGCACCAUGCUCACAGCCCUAAGAGGGGGCGCUCUCGCUCUCGAAGCCCUCGCAAGCGUUCCGGAAGUCGCAGCCGCUCUCGUUAUUCUGAAAGAUCGUCUUCCCGUUCCCGCCAUUCCAGCUCCUCUUCACGUUCCUCGUCGCCUCGCCGUCGCAAUUCGAGCUCUGGAAAACCCCACUCAAAAGAUUCAAAGAGUAAAGCUUCACCAGGAGAGGGAAAAGAGACUACUAGUAAAGAGCGGGAAUCCAAGCCUUCCGAAACUGCUCCUGAGGAUACUUCAAGCAAAUGGGAGAAUUUGAGUGACUAUGGCACCAGUCCAAAUCAGUCUGGCCAAGGGCCAGCAGCAUCAGGGACUCAGCCUGAGGUCAAGGUGUCCCUCUCUGGAGCUACGGGUAAUGGUGCCUCUGUUUGGAGAAGCAGUGACCCUGACACCAAGAGCUCACCAAAGCCAGGAACAACAACUGGCUUUGGUUUCUUCUCAAAGGAAGACAUGAAGGCGGGAGACAAAACGGCCAUCUCCACUGCAUUUAAAAAGUUUUUGGCGGAGAAGAAAAAGCCAACAUCUGACUGGGAUAACGGUCAGAAUCAAGAUCUGGGUUCUGGCGAUGCUGAAAAGGAGAAGAGCAGCAGAAAGCAGAGGGGCGUUUUUGAUAUGGAUCCAGUUUAUGGUGAGUCAAAGUCUGAAAAGGGUCUCCCUUUCCUGGGUGAGGAUGAAGAUUACUCCAAGGCCUUGAAAGAGAGAAAGACCGAGGAGGAAUCCAAGUAUAAAAUAAAAGGGACUAUAUCUGCCCGGGAUUUAUUUGAGGAACGUUUUGGGAAAUGGGACGAUGACUCCUUUGUGUCCAACAAAGAUUUGGUGCAGCGGGAAGAAGUGGAUGAAGACGAACAUGUGAUUGAGGAGCUUUACCGAAGCCGCAAGCAAGCUGCUCGGAAAGAAGAGAAGGCCUCCAAGAAGAAAGAGAAGAAGAAAAACCGGAUCAGUCCAUCAUCUCCAUCAUCCCCCAGAACCUCAGAGAGGGCCAAGCCACUCUUCCCUGCAGCAAGGGAGGUGUCACCUCCAGCCAGACCCUCUAAGAAGAGAGACCCCGAAUUCAAUUUUAGUGUGGAAACAUUCACUGAUGAUGCUGAGAGCUCGUCUGGUGCACUGGCCAAAGAGAGGCGUUUGUCUCAGGAUUUAGUGCACCCUCUCAAAAAAGACCACGAGGAGUUUCGCUCCAUUUUCCAACACAUUCAGGCUGCUCAGCUGCGUCGUAGCCCUUCAGAGCUGUUUGCUCAACACAUAGUCACAAUUGUGCAUCACAUCAAAGCUCAGCACUUUCGCUCAUCUGGGAUGUCACUGAAUGAACGAUUCGGCAUGUACCAAAGAAAAGCAGCACAGAUGGAAUUGAUGAAGCAGAGAAAGAGCCCUGAGAUCCACAGGAGAAUUGAUGUGUCUCCCAGUGCUUUUAAGAAGCACUCUCGACUGUUUGAGGAUGUGGAAGAGAGCGAAUACAAGGAUUAUGGUAAAAAAUAUGAAGGAGACUCGAUGGACCUGCGUUUGGAUAUUGAGCGCCGAAAAAAAUACCCCAAACGGGAGGGGGGAAAAGGCUCCGGUGGGUCCCGCACCCCCAGCCGCGACCUGUCCCCCGACAAGCCCUCCAAACACAAGAAGUCCAAGAAAAGCAAGAAGAAGCGUGAGCGGUCUCCUUCCUCCUCUUCCUCCUCCUCCUCUCCCUCCCCGCAGCCGUACCGGCAGAGGGAGUACCACGGGGAGGAGGGCGAGCAUGUGGAGAAAGGGGGCUUUGAUAAGUCCCGCCUGGGGCCCAGAGAGUACCCGGGGUCUAUGGAGCGCGGUCACCGUGACUACGAGGGUGCUCACCUAGAGCGGGGCUACGAGAGAGGAAGAGGAGGGUAUGAGCGUGGUGGAUACGACCGGGGCGGAUACGACCGAGGACGUGGCGGAUAUGACAGGGGAUUUCCUAGAAUGAGAGGCAGAGGAUGGAACAGGGGAAAUUACCCUGGCAACAGUAACAAUGGUAACCCUUCAAACAUGGGUGGGCCUAUACGACCACAGGAUGAGGAGUGGGAUCCUGAGUAUACCCCUAAGAGCAGGAAAUACUACCAGCAUGAUGACCGUGACCGGGAAGGGGAGAUGAAGUGGGCUGAUGGGCGUGGCCGGGGGCGUGGCCUGUACCCUCGGGGGCGUGGUUCCUUUACUGUGCGCAGGGCGAGCGGCAGCGGCGGCGCUGGCGGCAGCCCCAAGUGGACCCACGACAUGUUCCAGGGCACCACGGAGGAGGGAGAGCUGCCCGACGACGGUUCCGAGCUCGCUCACAAAGACGAGGACAAGGCAGCAGACAGCACAGCUUCCAAGCCCUAGACAGACGUUUCCCAAACCCAGUCCUCUCGUGUUCACAGUCCAUGUUUUCACUCUGUCCCAGCUCCCUGAGCAGCUCUACCAUUGUUCCCAGCAUUCUGUGUUCUUCACUGCUUGUUUUGAGCAUACUAGGAGUAACUGGGAUAGGGCAAAUGUGGACUGUUUGGCAGUCCCCGAGGACUGGAUUGGGAAACCCUGGUAGAAAAGACCCUCUCUUCCUUCAGUUCUGGUUUGGUCUUUUUCCACACCCCCUCCUCCCUCCCUUUUCUUCUUUCUCUUUAGUGGCUACUGCAGUUGUGAUCCAUCUACCACAAACACCAGUGUCUCGGUCUGUUGGAAUAUGCAGUAGCCUUGUUCUUUUGAGCCACUGUAAGUUGCUGUAAGCAGUAACUGCUAUUUUGUUGAUUUUGUUUUUUCGAAUGUGUUGUGACUUUGAUUUAAUAUCCAAAGUUCAUUUGUGUGGGUUUUGAUUUUUCAUUUGGCAACAGUAGAAAAUAACGUUCUAGCCAGCCCUCUUCUGUUUUUGACUGGAAGAAUCUUUAAUUUCUGCUCUCUGCACGCACGAGACUUCGCACUUGUGCCUUAGAGCCGGGAACUGUAGUUAAGUGUAACUUUUUAUUAUUAAUGGUAGUAGCGUUUUGCGUUUUUGAUUUAACGUUUCCCAAACUAGCUUUACCUACCCCUUUUCCCAUUUGCUACAUGAAAAGAUGAAUCCAUGUAGUGCCGGUGGUUGUUGGAUUUGUUGUGUACAGAGAUAUGGGCUCUUGGAUCUGAAGUAAAGCUGUGCUGUAUAAAAUUCAGACUGUAUUUACUCUGUGUCUAAUCUGUAGACUAUGGCCUAUAGCACCUUUUUAUCUCUGCACUAACCCACUGUGUACCAGACACAUUUUCAACAGGAGGUAAGUAAUAAACUGUCAAGAGUAUGUUAAACUUCAUGUUUCAUAUGUGCUUUCAGACCCAAAAUAAUUAGUUUUUUUUUUUUUUUUUUGAUUAAAGGUGAAUUGUAAUACAUGUCUGACCUUUGUGUAACUUUGUUUUUGCAUUUAGCCUGUUUAACUUGUACUUUUGUGCCACAGUAACAUGGUUUUGAUUUUAAGUGUGGAUGGAUAAAUGGCUAAAACUAAGGAGAGAUUGAUGCAUCAUCUUACUGUGGCCUCUGUAUGCAAAGUAACAUGCAACAGAUCAGUGCGAUUACCAUAUUUUAGAUGAACAGCAAAAACAGCAUUUUAGCUACACAAAUUUUUAGAAUCCCAGUACCACAAGUCUUUUUUUUUUUCUUUUUUUUUUAAUUUUAUUAACUGAUUUUGUCCUAAUGGCAUCAGAGUGCUGUAAUACCUUGUGAAUCUAAAAUGCACCCCCUGCAAUUGAAACAACCUCAGUGCUGUUUGUAGACUGUCCUGGUGUCAUCCUCAGUACUUUAUUAUUAUUUUUUUUUGUGCUUGCUUCAUUUGUAAUUACUAUGAAACUGUUUUGUUACAUUUAUACUAUUCUGGCAGUGCUUUGAUUUUUGUCUGUGUUUCUGUUUCAAUAAAACCCUUGGUUUAUUUACA